AUGGUCAAGUCCUUCUGUCAGCAGCGACUUGUGUGGAGUAUUGGGCCGUCUAUGUUAGCUGUACUGAGAGAACUCCCCGACGACGCUACCUCAUAGUCGUGGACAUGUGGAGCUCCACUUGGCCAACACGCUUUGCCGCUUGAUACCCCGCUUUGGCUAUCUGCGCGGCCGCCUUCUAGCCAUGGUCCAUUUAAGACAACCGCAAGGGCUCGGUGCAUCUCCCGCAUAAUUUCCCAGAAGUUCUUUCGACCACUAAUUUCGAUUCGCAAUUCAACAAGAAUGAGUCAAUCAACCCCCCGAGUUGGCUGGGUAGGUUCAAAUAGCGGAUCCCACUUGUAUGCACGUGACUGACACCACCAUGAUUGAUGGCCGUAGUAUGGCCUCGGAUCCAUGGGUCUUGGCAUGUCAUUGAACCUCCAGAGAUACUUGCAUGCAAAAGAAUUGCCUCCGCUUCGAUACAGCAACAGGACCAUUGCCAAAGGAGAUGCUCUUCGUGAUGCAGGGGCUGUGCCUGAAGCAGAGUUCGGUGCACUAGUCCAGAAAUCAGAUGUUAUAUUCACAAUGAUCUCCACCGACGAUGUUUUGAAAGACCUCCUGGAAGCGGCUGCGGCCACCAGGAUCUCCCUCGAGGGUAAGAUCUUCGUUGACACGUCUACUAUUCACCCAGACACAUCCGAAUGGGCAGCGAGGCAUCUCAAGGGCCACGGUGCGACAUUCAUUGCAGCACCCGUGUUUGGCGCAAGCCCCAUAGCAGCUGCUGGAAAUCUCAUAUUCGCCGUGGCUGGUCCUACUGGAGCAGUCGAGCGAGUCCGACCUCUAAUCAUGGAUGUCAUGGGACGCAGCAUUAUUGAUAUGGGAGAAGAUGUGCGGAAAUCAAGCCUCCUCAAAAUCUCGGGGAACAUCCUCGUCAUCAGCUUCAUGGACGUCAUCGCUGAAGCACAGGUCUUUGCCGAGGUCGCAGGAGUGGGCACCCAGCAGAUGGAAGACUUUAUUGGCAACAUGUUUGGGCCGGUAUUAAAGAGUUACAGCAGACGCAUCACGAGUGGAGCCUAUGCACCUCCUUUAGACACAGCGCCUGGGUUCGCCGCCGCGCUCGCAUGUAAGGACAUGAAACAUGCUCUGUCUAUUGCCGACAGUUGUAAUGCCCGCCUAUGCACACUCGAAGCGGCGUCUAACCGGCUGAACACUGCACGCGAGUAUGCCGGCGAGAAUUUGGAUAGCUCGGCUAUCUACGGCACUGCGCGGCUAGAGGCGGGGCUGUCAUUCUGGAGUGCGAAUAGUCGGCAGGGAAACGAAUCUCUUCCCUAG